AUGGCCAUCAUCGGCACCAUUGGACAGACUACUGCUCAAUGUACAAACCAGCUCGCUAGUUGGAAUCCAAACUUGCGAACAAUGACAGCUAAUGAUAGUAGGUUGCUCACCAUUCAUGGAAUUGCGCUAAUGCAUCUUUUAGCAUGGUUCAUUGUACCAAUCUCGAAGUCUGCUGUUCUUAGAGCCGUACAGAAAUCUAAUCCGCUCGUCACUGGCUUGAGCCUUCUUGACGUUCCUGCAAGCGAGCUUCCUGGAUUCCAAGGCAACGAUUUACACCCGGUCCUGGUGCAAAGCGGUUGGAAUGAUGACAUCAGACUAGAUGUACUCCAAAUCUGGGGCGCUCUGUUCCAAGCCAGUGUUUCUGCGCUUUAUGUUAGCAAGGAUGGGAGCAGGACGCCUCUGCAAGCCGACACCGCCGGCGUCAUUGGGGCGACGGAUUCUUCGCCACCACUCGGCGGCCUUGUGCCAGCUCUUGUGUCGACUCUUUUCGGGGGCACUACUCUUGGUAUUGGCAAUUUCAAACCCACUGACGGGGCUUACCAGACUGAUAUAAAUGGAGUUAUGUCAGCAAAUUCCAAAGUCGCCAUACUGCCAAACCCUCUCUCCGGUCCAGGUGUUGAGCUCGAACUGGCGGACAUGGUCUUUACCUCCGCUGCCCGGCCAAAGUAUACACUGGCACAACUGAAGAGAGUCAUGAACCAGCCAGUACUACUGAAUACUCAAGAGCCGAUCACGAAUAAAGGCAAAUGUAUUCUCAAUACCUAUUACUUGAACAAUGCAACUGCAAAUCCACAGCUUCGGACAGGCAACGUCACACUGGGUCCCGGAUCGACAUUCGAUCUCGAGUCAACAUUCGUCAAAGCCGCGCCAGACGGAGGGUUCGGUCACUAUCUCUCGGUUGAUGGCAUGUCCGCAUGCGCGCAAGUCUUGGGCAGCAAUCCGCUAUACUGUGAUGACGCUGGCGAACAGAUCGAUCCUGCUGCGCUGUGA